GCCGAGCGCGCCCAGGGAAGCAGGCGCCGGGCUCCGCGGCGCUGCCGCCCGCCGCGGCCGCUCGCGGGGCAGAGAUGGCGGCGGCGCGGGGCGCCCCAAGGCUCCGGGGCGCGGCGUCCCGGCUCCGCUGGCUGCUGCUGCUGCUGCUGCUGCUGCUGGCGCGCGGGGCGCCGGGCGCGGCGGCCGCCAGGACCCCGCCGCAGCCCCCAGGAGCCAGCAUUCGGACGUUCACUCCAUUUUAUUUCCUCGCGGAGCCAGUGGACACACUUUCAGUGAGAGGUGCUUCUGUCAUACUAAACUGCUCGGCCUACUCAGAACCUUCCCCAAAAAUUGAAUGGAAAAAAGAUGGAACCUUUUUAAACUUAGUAUCAGAUGAUCGCCGCCAGCUCCUCCCAGAUGGGUCUUUACUUAUCAGCAACGUGGUGCAUUCCAAACACAACAAGCCGGAUGAAGGUUACUAUCAGUGUAUGGCCACCGUGGAAAGUCUUGGGACUAUCGUCAGCAGAACAGCCAAGCUCACGAUAGCAGGUCUUCCAAGAUUUACCAGCCAACCAGAACCUUCUUCUGUUUAUGCUGGGAAUAGUGCAGUUCUGAAUUGUGAAGUGAAUGCAGAUUUGGUUCCAUUUGUAAGAUGGGAACAGAACAGACAGCCUCUUCAUCUGGAUGAUAGAAUUAUCAAACUCCCAAGUGGAACACUGGUCAUCAGCAAUGCAACUGAAGGAGAUGAGGGACUGUAUCGCUGUGUGGUUGAAAGUGGGGGCCCUCCCAAGUACAGCGAUGAAGCUGAACUAAAAGUUCUUCCAGAUGCUGAAGUUGCAGCAAACUUGGCAUUUUUGAAGCAGCCUUCCUCCUUGGUCAGAGUUGUUGGUCAGAAUGUGGUGCUGCCGUGUGUCGCUUCUGGACUUCCAACUCCAGUCAUCCGGUGGAUGAAAAAUGACGAGGUUCUUGACACACAAAGCUCCGGAAGACUGGCAUUACUGGCAGGGGGCUCACUGGAGAUCAUCGAACUCACAGAGGACGAUGCAGGGACUUACUUCUGUAUAGCGGAGAGUGGAAAUGAGACCAUUGAAGCUCAUGCAGAGCUCACAGUACAAGCCGAACCUGAAUUCCUGAAGCAGCCUACAAAUAUAUAUGCUCAUGAAUCGAUGGAUAUUGUAUUUGAGUGUGAAGUGACUGGGAAACCAACUCCAACUGUGAAGUGGGUCAAGAAUGGGGAUAUGGUCAUACCAAGUGAUUACUUUAAGAUUGUAAAGGAACAUAAUCUUCAAGUUUUGGGUCUGGUGAAAUCAGAUGAAGGCUUUUAUCAGUGCAUUGCUGAGAACGAUGUUGGAAAUGCACAAGCUGGAGCCCAGCUGAUCAUUCUUGAGCAUGAUGUUGCCAUCCCAACAUUACCUCCCACUUCACUGACCAGUGCCACUACUGACCAUCUAGCGCCAGCCGCCACGGGGCCACUGCCUUCAGCGCCGCGGGACGUCGUGGCCUCCCUGGUCUCCACCCGCUUCAUCAAACUGACAUGGCGGACGCCUGCGUCAGACCCCCCCGGGGACAACCUCACCUACUCUGUCUUCUACACCAAGGAGGGCAUUGCCAGGGAACGUGUUGAGAAUACCAGCCGCCCGGGAGAAAUGCAGGUGACCAUUCAGAACCUGAUGCCGGCCACCGUGUACAUCUUCAGAGUCGUGGCUCAGAACAAGCACGGCUCCGGAGAGAGCUCAGCCCCGCUCCGCGUGGAAACACAACCUGAGGUCCAGCUUCCUGGCCCGGCACCUAACAUCCGAGCAUACGCAACUUCGCCUACCUCUAUCACUGUGACGUGGGAAACUCCGCUCUCUGGCAAUGGGGAAAUUCAGCAUUACAAGCUGUACUACAUGGAGAAAGGGACGGACAAAGAGCAGGAUAUUGAUGUUUCUAGUCAUGCCCACACCAUUAACGGAUUGAAAAAAUACACGGAGUACAGUUUCCGAGUGGUGGCUUACAACAAGCAUGGUCCCGGCGUCUCCACACAAGACGUGGCUGUCCGAACAUUCUCCGACGUUCCCAGUGCUGCUCCUCAGAAUCUAUCUUUAGAAGUAAGAAAUUCAAAGAGCGUUGUCAUACACUGGCAGCCACCUCCUCCGGCCACACAGAACGGGCAGGUCACUGGCUACAAGAUCCGCUACCGAAAGGCGUCUCGAAAGAGCGACGUCACCGAGACCGUGGUGGCCGGGAGCCAGCUGUCCCAGCUGGUCGAAGGUCUUGAUCGGGGAACUGAGUAUAAUUUCCGAGUGGCUGCUCUCACCGUCAAUGGCACGGGCCCAGCAACUGACUGGCUGUCUGCUGAGACGUUUGAAAGUGACUUAGAUGAAACCCGUGUUCCCGAAGUGCCCAGUUCUCUGCACGUCCGCCCCCUUGUCACUAGCAUCGUGGUGAGCUGGACUCCACCCGAGAACCAGAACAUCGUGGUCAGAGGCUACGCCAUCGGGUACGGCAUUGGCAGCCCCCAUGCCCAGACCAUCAGGGUGGAUUAUAAGCAGCGCUACUACACCAUCGAAAAUCUGGACCCCAAUUCUCACUACGUGAUCACCCUGAAGGCAUUCAACAAUGUGGGCGAAGGUGUUCCCUUGUACGAGAGUGCCGUGACCAGACCCCACACAGACACUUCUGAAGUUGAUUUAUUUGUUAUUAAUGCCCCAUACACUCCAGUGCCAGAUCCCACCCCCAUGAUGCCUCCCGUGGGGGUCCAGGCUUCCAUUCUGAGUCACGACACCAUCCGGAUUACCUGGGCGGACAACUCCCUGCCCAAACACCAGAAGAUCACAGACUCCCGCUACUACACAGUCCGCUGGAAAACCAACAUCCCGGCUAACACCAAGUACAAGAAUGCAAAUGCCACAACUUUGAGUUACUUGGUGACUGGUUUAAAACCAAAUACACUCUACGAAUUUUCUGUGAUGGUCACCAAAGGCCGAAGGUCCAGCACAUGGAGUAUGACAGCCCAUGGGACCACCUUUGAAUUAGUUCCUACUUCUCCACCCAAGGACGUGACAGUUGUGAGUAAAGAGGGGAAACCGAGGACCAUCAUUGUGAAUUGGCAGCCACCCUCUGAAGCCAAUGGCAAAAUUACAGGUUACAUCAUCUAUUACAGCACUGACGUGAAUGCAGAGAUUCACGACUGGGUCAUUGAACCAGUUGUGGGAAACAGGCUCACUCACCAAAUCCAGGAGUUAACCCUGGACACACCAUACUACUUCAAAAUCCAAGCCCGGAACUCCAAAGGCAUGGGGCCCAUGUCCGAAGCCGUCCAGUUCAGAACGCCUAAAGCGGACUCCUCUGAUAAAAUGCCUAAUGACCAAGCCUCAGGGUCUUCGGGAAAAGGGAGUCGACUUCCAGAACUCGGAUCCGACUACAGACCUCCGAUGAGCGGCAGCAACAGCCCACACGGGAGCCCCACGUCACCCCUGGACAGCAACAUGCUCCUGGUCAUUAUCGUCUCUGUGGGCGUCAUCACCAUCGUGGCGGUCGUGAUCGUGGCCGUCUUCUGCACCCGCCGCAGCACCUCUCACCAGAAGAAGAAACGAGCAGCUUGCAAGUCCGUGAACGGCUCCCACAAGUACAAAGGGAACUCCAAAGACGUCAAACCGCCAGACCUCUGGAUCCAUCACGAGAGGCUGGAGCUGAAGCCCAUCGACAAGUCCCCAGACCCAAACCCCAUCAUGACCGACACGCCAAUUCCCCGGAACUCGCAGGACAUCACGCCUGUCGACAACUCCAUGGACAGCAACAUCCACCAGAGGCGGAACUCCUACAGAGGGCAUGAAUCAGAAGACAGCAUGUCCACACUAGCUGGGAGGCGAGGAAUGCGUCCCAAGAUGAUGAUGCCGUUUGACUCCCAGCCACCCCAGCCUGUGGUUAGUGCCCAUCCCAUCCAUUCCCUCGAUAACCCUCACCACCAUUUCCACUCCAGCAGCCUCGCUUCUCCAGCCCGCAGUCAUCUCUACCACCCGGGCAGCCCAUGGCCCGUGGGCACGUCCAUGUCCCUUUCAGACAGGGUCAGUUCCACAGAGUCCGUCCGCAACACCCCCAGCACCGACACCAUGCCAGCCUCCUCGUCCCAGACGUGUUGCACGGACCACCAGGACCCCGAAGGUGCUACCAGCUCUUCCUACCUGGCCAGCUCCCAGGAGGAAGACUCGGGCCAGAGUCUCCCCACGGCCCACGUCCGCCCCUCCCACCCCCUGAAGAGCUUCGCGGUGCCCGCCAUCCCUCCCCCGGGACCUCCUGGCUACGACCCCGCCCUGCCCAGCACCCCAUUGCUGUCCCAGCAAGCCCUCAACCAUCACCUCCACGCGGUGAAGACGGCCUCCAUAGGGACGCUGGGGCGGAGCCGGCCCCCCAUGCCAGUGGUGGUCCCCAGUGCCCCCGAAGUGCAGGAAACCACACGGAUGCUGGAGGACUCGGAGAGUAGCUACGAACCAGAUGAGCUGACCAAAGAGAUGGCCCACCUGGAAGGACUCAUGAAGGACCUCAAUGCCAUCACGACGGCAUGAGCCCUUCGGCACGGCAUGACUUCCGACCCGAGUCAAGAGGCGUCUCGGGACUUAGCCUUGGCAGCAAGGACCUGUACAGAGUGCGAGAGGACCGCCCCGGGAGCACCAGCGGGCGAGCAGGCCGGGUGGCCCCAGGCCCGGACACCGCAGGGAGCCUGCUGACCCGCGCAGGACUGGGCACGGCGGGCCCAGACACGUCCAGGGAAGAGGCCAAGAAGCGCCACCGGCAUUUCACUCUGUGGCCAGGCCGCGUCCUCGUGCUGCGACUGCAUCGCCUUUAUGGAGUGUAGACAUCGGCAUUUAUGUACAAAUUUUAUUUGUGUUCUAUUUUACUUUACCGAGAAGCGCUAUCAGGACCCGAGGAAGUCUGGGGGGGGAGGGGGGUGGUCUCGGGUUCCGGCGGGUGGUUGGCAUUUGACCACUUGUUUGAAUGGAAAAGUCUUUGACUGUGUGAGUUGUUGGGGGGGGGCGGGGCUUUGUAUUUUGUUUUUGUUUUUUAAAUGAGUCAUUGCAUCCUCUACCAGCUGUCCGGUCCAUCACCUGGAGGGGGGGGUGGGGAGGAAAAUGUUGCAUUGCUGUUUGUAAGCUUUUUUAUUAUUUUUUUAUUCUAAUUAUUAAAGGCCUGCCUUUCUCCUCUCAGCACUGUGAGAUUACAGAUCUAUUUGAAUGAAAUGUCACAUGGCAAA